UUUCCUUUUUUAAAAUUUCUCAUAAUACCUCUUUGCCCAAGCAUUGGCGCUAACCUUGUUUGAACUCCUUGAAUUAUUGUGUUUCUUUCAAAUGUGUUUGCAGCGUUAAAUUAUCAUUGAAGCUCGUCGAUGUGUCAGUUUUGUGUGUUCUAUUAGCGUUAGAACUAUCUUGAGUCAUCAGUAAUUUUCGUGCGAUUGAUAUGGCUUACAAUUUCGGCCCCCCGGCAUCCUCUGCUCCAGCAUUUAGUGGAUUUGGUACAACUAAUACGGCUACAACAAAAGCUCAAUUUGGAGCUAGUGGAUUUGGGUUCUCUGCUCAAACAACGACUCCAGCUUUUGGGCAAGCACCUGCAGCAGGAACAUCUAGUUUUGGAUUUGGUGCAGCUGCUCCAACAACAAGCAGCACUGGUUUUGGUUUUGGAACAACAACUACAACAUCAUCUGGCUUUGGAAGUUUUGGCGCUACCCCAGCAUCAUCAGCUCCUUCAACGGGAUUUAGUUUUGGGUCUUUUGGAUCUCAAACCACUACGUCGACUGCUGGACCUACUGGAAGCAAUUUGUUUUCAGGCUUUGGACAGCAGGCACCGACCCAAACACAACCCCAAACUUCAACUGCAGGAUUUGGUGGCUUGGGAUCAUUUGGAUCCAAGCCUCUUGGAACUGGUGCUCCUUCCUUUGGUGGAUUUGGUAGUACGGGCACUAGCUUUGGUACUACUGGAGCUGGUUUUGGUGGGGCCACAACAGGAUUUGGCGCUGCAGGUACUGGAUUUGGAAGUACUGGAAGCUCCUUUGGAGCCUCAGGGACCGGAUUUGGUGGUACAGGAACCUCAUUUGGUACUACGGGAAGCGCUUUUGGCACAACUGGAACUGGGGCAGGUUUUGGUGGAGCAGGAUCAGCAUUUGGUUCAACUGGAUCCGCAUUUGGGGGUGCCCCAAACACUUUUUCAGCAGGUUUUGGUCAGCAGUCACAACAAGCUCAACAGCCAAAUCAGCAUGAAGCUCUUUACAAUGCAUUAGUUAAUGUUAAUAUAUUUGGUGAUGAACGAGAUACAACUUUAACUCGUUGGAAUCAAUUGCAAGCUGUGUGGGGAACUGGAGUUGGAUGGUAUUCUACAACUGCUCCUCCUGUUGAAUUUACUCCAAACAAUCCAUUCUGUCGCUUCAAAGCUGUGGGUUACAGUGUUAAACUUACAGCAGACAAUAAGGAGGGCUUGGUGGCUGUUAACUUUAAUAAAAAAGAAAGUGAAAUAAGGCAGGAGCAAACUCAGCUUGUUACCAAGUUCAGUCAAAUAUUAGGUAAUAAGCCAAAUCUUACCGUUAAUGUGGCGGGAAUUAAGCCUCUAUCAGACUCUAAAUCGCAAGUUGUGAUAACUGUGCAAGAGAAAGGAGCUACAGGAUCUGUUCACAAAAUUCCAGCAACGGAGUUGGCCACAUUUCUCCUUCAGCAGUCUCAAAGGCAGCAUUUAUUAACACUUGGAGUGGACAAUGUUUAUCCUCAAGUAGCUCUAGAUGAAGACCAAUUAAAGGAAUAUCUUGAAAACCCACCUAGUGGUAUUGACCCUCGAUUAUGGAAACAAGCUAUUCAGGACAACCCAAACCCAGAAAAAUUCAUUCCUGUUCCCAUGAUUGGAUUUAAAGAAGUGAGGUGGAGAAUGCAGUGCCAAGAACAAGAAACAGCCUUGCAUCAAGCUUUCCUAGACAAAGUUGCUGAGGAAGUUCAAACUCUUCAGCGCAAGCAAGCUGCUACUGUUGCAAAGACAACGGAAUAUCGCAGAAAACUUAUAGAACUUGAACAUCGUUUAUUACAGCUUCUUGUCAAGCAAGAAAUUACUAGGAAAGUUGGACUUGCUCUUACACCUGAGGAAGAAGCGAUUAGAGGUCAUCUUGAAUCACUGCAACCUCAUAUGUAUGCUCCCACUCACCUCAAGGGAAGAUUGGCAGAGUUACUUUCCACGAUACGAAUGCAGAGAGAAAAGGGGGAACAAAAAGAAUCUGAAAGAUAUACCAUGGAUCCGACUGUGCAGGAUGACAUUAAACAAUUUUUGCGAAUGCAACAAGAUGGGAUGCAGCACCUUGUCCAAACCAUUCAACAGGAUAUGGCUGAUCUCAAGAUAAUUAAGGAAGGGAUGAUAAAGUUACUGCACCGCCAAUGAUCCAAUUGAAACUAAGGAUAAUUUUAAUGAAGUCUUGAAUGUGAUUUCUUUAUGGUAAAAGAAAAACAAAAACUUCUUCAUAAUAGGUUAUUUAUUACAUGAAUUUAACAACUCAAUCAUUGUACCAACCAUCAUUUGCAAUGUCAGCCCCUUUUUAAAAAUUACUUAAGCAGACUACUGGAAUUAAUUAAAUAUCCACUUUUAAUUA